AUGUCAGCGCAGGCAAUGACUCUGCGCUCUGGCGCGAGGUAUGCAGACCUACCUAAGCCACUCGGCACCAUCAAAUUCAAGGAACCAGUUGACGAUGACGACGAUGAUGACGACGGGACCGCUGCUGGACGAACCAGAAAGAGAAAGAGAGAGGCAAAGGCGGCCAAGGAUAAAGAAAGACAACUUCGCGCUGACGCUCGCGCUGAACGUCGCUAUGGAAAGGCGCCUGCAGCCCCCAAACUCACCGACGACAAGGUUAAUAUGUUUGCCUAUUUCCAGGAGGCGGAUGAGGGCCCCUCUAGCAAGAAACGUGCAAAGACUUCAGCCAAGGGUGCAGACAAGGGUGCAGACAACAAGCAAGAUGAGGAAUCCAAGAACUUUACCUCUCUUGUCUUGAAGGACGGGUCAGGGAAGACAACCUUGAUCAAUCUCGACUUCACCUUGGCCAACUUCCUCGCCCACCGCUCGCCAGAGCUGCUUGCUCACAUGGAAGCUGCCAAGUCUCUACAGACCUCAAGUGACAUGCAGAUGGUCAGCUACAUCGCUUGCGACCCCAACAUGGUCAACAAAGCGCCGAAACUCAAAGCACCGAAACUCAAAGCGCCGAAAAUCAAAGCGCCGGUCCGUGCGGGUCCAACUCUCCUCGGCCUCCCUAGCGAGCUUCGCGUCCCGAUCUAUCGUCUGCUCUUCCUCCGAGGAGGCCCCAUCGAUUUCACCGAGCGUACCAACUUCUGUCGCUCAUCGGGUUUGCUGAGCACUUGCAAGGAGAUCCUGAAGGAGGGUCGCAAGGUUCUGUACGGCGAGAAUGCAUUCCACUUCGCUCGCAACCUCGAACUCCGUGGAAAAUACUGGGAAGCCAUCUGGAAAGAGAUCGCAUACCACGACGUGAGACGAUUCUUGGAGACGAUCGGCCCGGUCAACGUGUCCCACCUCAAGCAUGUCUCUUUCAUCUUGACCGACGGCGCGCUUGGCAAAACCAAUAGGUACAUCCCCAUCGAUGAACGUCGCUUCGUCAACGACGCCAAUUUGCACCAGAUCUUUCGCAUCAUUGGGGCCAACGCCACACUGCACAAGUUAGCCAUCCAGGUUGCAGGUCGCUGCAAACUCGCCAAUUCCGACCACCACUUCCUCAAGGCCAUCAGCGAAGUCAAGUGUCACGAGCUGAUAUUUAUCAACAAAUACCGCCAUGAGAUCGCGAAACUCCCCGACAAGAUCAAGGCUCAGCUGGAGGCGGCCCUGGUCAUCCCCUUCGACACCACCGACGUCAUCCAUCCGGCAUACAAUGACAGAAACAAGGUGCCCAUGUAUUGGGAAGGGAUGCCCGGGCUGCACCACCCAAUCACCUUCAUGUGA